GCGAGAAGCAUCUCAACCCCUGAUUGGGGCAGCUGCCCUUCUCCAGAGUGGCGAGCCAAGGUGGGGCGAUACUUUGAGUGAUUCCUGUUCUUCCUGAAGAAGGAAAGCACCAGAGAUUAGGAAAUAAAUGGUUUCCAUCCGUGCUGCCGGGUCCCAGAGAGGAAUGUGUGAGUCUGGAUCCUUCUCAGAACUCUCUCUGCCAAGAACCUGUGCCGAAGAAUUGCAAAGAUCUAAGCCUAUUUGAUUUGUGCUGUGGAUAAUGGACUGGAGGGACAGAGACUAGAAGAGAUAUGCCAGGAGAAAACAGUGAAAAGGAAGAGGAAAUUUUUCAGCAAGAAAAUGGUGAAUUUGAAGCAGUGUCUUCAGAAUGGUACAAAAGAGACAUUUCUCUGUUUCCUAAAUUGGGAAAGGACUAUGAGAAUGAACCAAGAUUCCCUGAUCAGAAACAAGUAGAUAUGCCCAUUCCUCAAGAAAAGAGAUUUAUAAGUCUUUUGAUUACUAUUGAAAAUUCCACGCAAUUUGAGGAACUUUCCCAAUGUGUAGAAAGUAGAAUCUCUUGUCCCCAAGAACAGGCAACACCAACAUCCUUUAAAUGUCUCCUGUGUGAUAAAUCCUUCAUCAAAAGAGCAUAUCUUAUUUCACACCAGAAAAGCCAUACAAGAACAAAACUCUAUAAGUGCACUGUCUGUGAGAAAAACUUCAAUAAAAAGUCAAAUCUCAGGGCUCAUGAGAGAGUCCAUACAGGAGAAAAGCCUUAUAAAUGUGAUGCUUGUGGGAAAAACUUUGCUCAGAGAUCUAACCUUGUUGCACAUGAGAGAAUACACAAGAAAUCCCAAACAUAUGAAUGUGCUAAUUGGGCAAAAAACUUCAGUCAAAGAACAUACCUUACCCAUCAUGAGAUUAUCCACCUAGUAGACAAUACUAAUACAUGUCAUAAGUGUGGGAAAAGCUUCAUUUGUAAGUCAAAGUUUAUGCAGCAUCAAAGAACUCAUGCAGGGGAAAGACCUUACAAGUGUUCAACAUGUAAUAAAAGAUUUAGUCAGAAAUCAGAUGUUUUAAUUCAUCAAAUAAUUCAUACUGGAGAGAAACUUCAUAAAUGUACUGAGUGUGGCAAAAGCUUCACUCAGAAAACAAAUCUUGGCAGGCACAAGAAAACACAUACAGGACAGAAAUCCUAUAACUGCAUUGACUGUGGGGAAAGUUUUGGUAGCUUUUCACACCUUAUUACACAUCAGAAAAUACACAUAGGAGAGAAUCCCCAUAAAUGUAAUCAGUGUGGGAAAACAUUUAUUUGGAACUCAGAUCUAAUACACCAUCAGAAAAUUCACACCGAAGAUAAACCUUAUAAAUGUCCUAUAUGUAAGAAAAGGUUCACUAAGAACUCAAAUCUUGUUGCCCACCAAAAAAUUCAUACAGGAGAGAGGGCUCAUAAAUGUAAUAAUUGUGAAAAGAGUUUCAGUCGGAAUUCACAUCUACUUACUCAUCAGAGGAUCCAUACUGGAGAAAAACCCUAUAAAUGUUUCAUAUGUGAGAAGAAGUUCAACUGCAGUUCAAACCUUAUUACUCAUCAGAGAAUACAUACAGGAGAAAAACCAUAUAAAUGCAAAAUGUGUGAGAAAAGUUUUAGUCGCAGCUCAGACCUUGUUAAUCAUGAGAGAACACACACAGGAAUAAAGCCUUUUAAGUGUGUUAUAUGUAAGAAAAGCUUCAGUAGAAGUUCCCAUUUGGUAACUCACCAGAGAAUCCAUACAGGAGAGAAACCCUUCAAAUGUGUCAAGUGUGGGAAAUGUUUCAGUGAUAAAUCCUACUUCAGUUACCACCAAAAAAUUCACAUGCAUUAGAACUGAAGAAAUGAAAACUAUG